CGCUGCUGCACUGCAGCCUGGCGCCCCACCGGGCUACCCUGAGCCGACCUGCCGGCGGAGCAAGCCUCCCCCGCGUCCCGGCCUGAAACGGCUUCGCCAGCAACUCCCCGGUAGCUCAUUGCAAGCCAUGCAAGCCACCCUGUGUCCAAAGGAGUCUGCCCGGCUCAUCGCAGCCCACAGCGUGGACGUGCGUGUGGACGAGGCGGGCACAAGGAAGGCGGCCGAGUUCCUCUUUGACUGCGUUGCAGAGCCGGCCUUUGGCCUGGCCGCCUGGAAGGCGCUGCACGAGCUGCACCCGCGGACGGCAAGCGAGGAGGCGCUGGGCUGGGUGUUCCUUGUGGACACGCUCAACUUCUCCUUCUGGGCGGAGUACAAGGGGCAGGGCUGCGCCAUCAAGUACAAGGGCAAGAUGUACACUGGCUACUGGUCCCUCUGUGCCGCUGUCAACAGAGCCCUCGAUGAUGGAAUACCUAUUACCAGUGCCUCCUAUUAUGCCACCAUGACACUUGAGCAGGUUAAGCAUGUAUUUCGCUCUGACACAGAAGUCCCUAUGCCUUUGAUUGAAGAGAGACACCGUGUGCUAAAUGAAAGUGGGACAGUUCUGCUUGAGAAGUUUGGAGGCUCUUACCUUACCUGUGUUAAAAUGAGUCAGAAAAGUGCUCAAAAACUACUACGUUUAAUAGUAGAAAAUGUUCCUUCUUAUAGAGAUGAGGCUAUAUUUCAGGAUAAAAAGGUGUCCUUUUAUAAACGGGCACAGAUACUUGUGGCUGAUACGUGGAGUGUAUUGGAGGGCAAGGAAGAUGGCUGUUUCAAUGACAUUUCUAGUUUAACUAUAUUUGCUGACUAUAGGAUUCCUCAAGUCCUUGUUCACCUUGGAGCAAUGAGAUAUUCUGAUGAAUUAAUGAGGAAACUCCAUGAAGGAGUCCUGUUGCAGUCCGGAGAUAAGCAAGAGGUAGAGAUUCGAGGCUGUUCUGUUUGGUGUUGUGAAUUAAUUUGUGAUCACCUACUGGAACUUUAUAACAAGAAGGGACAGAACAUGAAUGAAAAGAUCAAUGCAGUUCUUCUAGAUUAUUAUCUGUGGGACUAUGCCAGGAAUCACAGGGAAGAUAUGAAAUAUAUUCCAUUUCAUCGAGUACGUUGCAUAUAUUACUGACUACAUCAAUUUCUUAAAUAUCUCAUUAAUACAUUGUUACAAUUUGUAUCUGCUCAGCAGUUUUUUAUAUACUGAUUUGAAACAAUGCAGUAACAAGUUUAAAUUCCUAUUUUCUGCUGUCCUAACAUUUUUCUCCAUGUUUCCUGACCCUGAGUAUUCUCUUUUGCUACACCUGAUUAGAAUUAGCCAUUUAAAAUUUGUAAUCAGUAACAGGAUAUACAUUUUCUGCUAACUUAGUUCUAUAUACACUGUUUUAAUACUGUGGACCGUUUUUUUCGCUUUUCUUAAUUGUAUUAUUGCUACAGUUAUACCUUUAUAAAAGUUGCAUUCUGCUAA